GGAAAGGAAAAGAAAGUAGCAAUGAGAAGAUCAAGAAAAGGGUGCAUGAAAGGCAAAGGAGGGCCCGAAAAUGCACUCUGCACUUACAGAGGAGUUCGCCAAAGAACAUGGGGACGAUGGGUCGCUGAAAUCAGAGAACCAAACCGAGGAAACCGAAUCUGGUUAGGUACUUUUGGUACAUCCCAUGAUGCUGCUAAAGCUUACGAUCAAGCCGCCCUUAAACUCUACGGCUCUUCUGCUGCCCUUAACUUAAUACCACAACCAUCUGCUGCUGGGACUACGAACAGCAGCAGCGCAACGAGCCCUAGUGUGUUCGAUGAGAGUUCGAAUCGAGAUCAUAUCUGUUCUACUGAGCCUGAUGUGAGUUCGUUAUUGUCAUCGAUCGGUGGGGGUGGAAGCGGCGGUGGCGGCGGUGAGAGUUCAUGCAGUUCAGUGUCGGAUGAUGUAGUUCAGUGGCCGGAAUUUGGGAUUGGUGAUCAUAAUGAGUUCUUGGAUACGAAUGAUUAUGGGAGUUCUGCAUUAAUGGGUGGAGAAGGGUUGAUUAAUUGGGAUGGGACUCGAGAUCUUUGGAGCUUCUGAGUAAAUUUUAUUAAUUCAUAGUUAAUUACUUGUUUUGUCUAAUGUUUUCUCUGGCAAAACAUGUUAGUAACUUAGCUAUGAUCACAGCUCUUGAGCUCUUGUUAAGCUCAUAUAAUAUGCCACCUUUCUUCUCUAAUCUCUAGUAUUUUGUACAUAUUUUGUUU